GGACCGCUGGCGGGCAUGUCCAUCGCGGUGAAGGACAAUAUCUGCACCAAGUACUACCCUACUACGUGCUCCUCGCGCAUGCUCAAAGACUGCGAAUCCCCCUUUGACGCGACUGUUGUGUCGCUGCUCUCGGAUAAUGGCGCCGGGAUCAUGGGCAAGGCCAACUGCGAUGAGUUUGGCAUGGGCUCUCUGAACGUGCACUCGGUGCAUGGCCCGGUAAUCAACCCCUUUGGACUAAGGAAAGGCCAGGCAGAACUUAGGUCUGCAGGUGGAAGCUCUGGAGGCAGCGCUGCGGCGGUCGCAGCAGGUCUUUGCGAUGCUGCCCUCGGAACCGACACAGGGGGUUCUGUACGGUUGCCCGCUUCCUAUUGCGGCGUAGUUGGCCUCAAGCCUUCUUACGGCAUCGUCAGCCGAUGGGGCGUAGUCUCGUUUGCUGACAGCCUUGACUGCGUCGGGGUUUUAGCAAGGGAUGUCUCCACAGUCAGACGCGUGCACAACCCUAUCGCAACCUACGAUGCAAGAGACCCUACGGCAGCAUCACCCAAGAUCAGGGGUCGUGCAGCGCAAAUGUGCGCCGACCGCCUAGAGGCUUUCAAAGAUGGUGACUAUACCGGUUUGCGAAUAGGCAUUCCCCAGGAAUAUUUCCCUUCGGAGCUGCAGACCAGCGUCGUGGACUCCCUGAAGCGGGUGCUGGACAAGCUCCAGGCGAGGGGAGCGACUCUUGUGCCGAUAUCGUUACCAUCGACACAGUACGCACUCAGCGCAUACUACGUGAUCUCGAGCGCAGAGGCCAGCAGCAACCUCGCACGUUAUGAUGGCAUUGAGUAUGGUUUCCGCGCAUCCCUACCACCCGGGACUGACAUGACCAAAACUGCGAAUGUUUACGCCGAAACUCGGUCUCAAGGAUUCGGGAAAGAGGUCCAGCGUCGCAUAUUGCUAGGUGCAUACGCUCUUUCCGCGGACGCGUUUGAGAACUACUUCCUCAAGGCGCAGCGCGUCCGCAACCUCAUCAAGGCGGAUUUUGACCGCGUCUUCUCUCUCCCCAACGCCCUCCGCUCCGCGUCAUCACAAACUGCCCCACCCGAUGGUCAAGGCGUAGACGUCAUCAUCCAUCCCUCUGCGAUACAGACCGCGCCCCCCUUGCCCGACAACACCGCGGAUUCCUCGUCUGAUUUGUCGUCGCUCGAUGCGUACGUGCAGGACGUUCUGACCGUGCCGGCGUCUCUGGCUGGACUUCCCGCACUGAGCGUCCCUGCGGGCCAAGGUUCCGAUGGCUGGCCAAUCGGCGUCAGCAUAGUUGGGCAGUGGGGUGCUGAAGAGAUGGUGCUGAGGGUGGGUGAGGCGAUCGAGAAAUGUCACGCCGGUCCUCUGUAGGUAGCGCAGGCGCUUAGCACCAUCGUUGUC